AUGGCGCCUAGGUGGCUGUCCCUUGGGCGCGCGGGCGCCGUUGGCGCUGGCGCCGUUCGCGGUGGCCCCUUUGUGCGCGGGCGCCGUGGGCGCUGGCGCUGGCGCUGGCUCCGUUUGGCGCAGGCGCUGGCGUUGGCGCCUUUUGGCGCUGGCGCUGGCGCCUUUUGGCGCUGGCGCUUGCGCCGUUUGGCGCUGGCGCUGGUGCUGGCGCCUUUUGGUGCUGGCGCUGGCGCUGGCUCCGUUUGGCGCUGGCGCUGGCGCCUUUUGGCGCUGGCGCUGGCGCUGGCGCCGUUUGGCGCAGGCGUUGGCGCCUUUUGGCGCUGGUGCUGGCGCCUUUUGGCGCUGGCGCUGGCGCUGGCGCCUUUUGGCGCUGGCGCUGGCGCUGGCGCCGUUUGGCGCAGCCGCUGGCGCCUUUAG